ACUUUUCAAAACAUACCGCGUAUGACAAACUCGGCAGUCGUAUGACAACCCGGAUUAUUUUCGGCCAAGUUCUUGUUGUCGGCUUGUCAACAAAUAAAAAGUGACUUUAUUUUCAGUAAGACAUUGUCCGUCGGUUGUACUCGGCUAGGAAUUCCUACGAUGGCCUCUGGUCUGGAAAGCUACGUCAACCAUACUGUUUCUAUAAUUACUGCCGAUGGGCGAAAUUUUAUUGGCACUUUGAAAGGGUUUGAUCAAACGAUUAAUUUAAUACUUGAAGAAUCCCAUGAAAGAGUUUACAGCACCACCACUGGUGUGGAACAAGUUGUUUUGGGUUUACACAUCAUUCGUGGAGAUAAUGUAGCGGUUGUCGGGGAAAUGGACGAAGAUAUUGAUUCUCAAUUAAACCUAGCUAAUAUUAGGGCCGAGCCGCUCACCACAAUAGCUCAUUGAGCUAUGGCUUGUGGGGUGAAUGUUUUCCAACCCAUUUGUGUUGUAGAAAUGUAUCUUUGUGAUUUUCUUCUUCUUGUCUAACUCGCCACUAGUAAUGUCUCACAUUGUGAGGGAUGUCGAAAAAGUUGAUCUCAUUAGUUUUCUUUAAGGGAAAUCAAUGAGGCAUGCUUAAAGCGCAAAUGUUUUAUUGCAUUUAAGUUGGCUUACACAGUACACUUAUAUUUCAUAGAUCAACUGAUAAAUACUGGUUUAGCAAGGUCAUACUGUGCUUACAAUAACUGUAACAAAUCCGGUUUUAAUUAAAUGCUAAACAUUAAACAGGAAUAUUUUUAAUAAA